GCGACAUGAUCGGACUGAUUUUGUUGUCUGCCAGACCACAACAGUUAAUUAAGAAAACCAACGAUAUAUUCGUUUAAAAAGCUAUUUCUAGUGAUGGGAAACGGAGGCUUUCAGAAGCCUUUGGGGCUUUGACCAAAUUGUUCUGAAAAACGGUUCAUUACUCGGAGCUUUGAAUACAAUGCACAUUAAUUACAUAUACUGGUCAGCAAUGAAAAGCAGCGUUUGACAUUCAUAUAUAAGUUAUUUUUCUCAAUAUUUAUUGAGUCUCAGUGACGCGGCGGCUAGUCGUGGGUCUUAGUAGCCUACUUUUAGUUACCAUAUAGGUUCGCAUCCAUCAUGCUUCCCUUUUUUGCUGUGAAUCGCAUUUUUAGCUGUCAAAAACGGAAUCUAUGGCAUUAUUUAGGAUGCGUAAGACAGAAGCUUAUACUUUACUAAAUAAAAGUCAUCGACAACAAUGUGCAGAAAGUGUGGUUUCACAUAAAACGUUUUUCAACAUAAUAUGCCUUUAACGUAAUUCGACCCCAUUCCUUGGUUGUAGAGACUGCGACCGUACCUGCUGAGCUACCGUUCAAGUGACGCUAUUUGAACUAAUCCGAACUACAUCUUAAGGUGUCCAGUAGAGGACGGUGUUUGAAAGCAAUGUGGAAUCGAUGACAGCACCCGAACCAUGACGAAAUUAGUGGGAUGUCGCAUUUUGCGACACAAAACCACGUGAUCAAAAGAAGCCGUCAUUGAUCACGUGAUAAUGUUAUUUUGAAACUAGCAUCGGUAGCUACAUUCUGUCGGAUCAGUAGUGCUUUGAAAACUCCAUCGGAGCUCCGGUAUCAGUCGUCCCAUCACUACCUAGUUCAGUUGUAAAGCACCUGUUGUUUUUGUGCAGACCCUGUGACCUUUAAUUUGGAUCACCUUUGAUGGCAGGCGUCAUGGAAUCGGAGGAGCAGGCGAGGAACCGCUUUCAAUCAGAGCUGGAGUUUAUCCAAUGCUUGGCCAAUCCGAAUUAUCUGAACUUUUUGGCUCAGAGGGGCUACCUGCGAGAGAAACCCUUUGUGAACUACCUGAAGUACCUACUGUACUGGAAGGAGCCUGAAUACGCCAAAUUCCUGAAAUACCCCCACUGCCUGCACAUGCUGGAGCUCCUUCAGUAUGAGCACUUCAGGAAGGAGCUUGUGAAUGCACAAUGUGCCAAGUUCAUUGACGAGCAGCAGCUACUGCACUGGCAACACUACUCCCGCAAACGCACCCGCCUGCAACAGGCCCUGGCAGAGCAGCAACAACAGCAGCAACAGCAGCCGCCUCACGGCAAUGCUGCCAAAUGAGUGUGAGGGGGAGAGAGAGAGAGAAAGAGACUAAGGACGAGGAUGAAGGCAUGAUUGCAGGAGUCUGGAUUCAAAUGGACAUGGCCUCAAAUGUCAAUUCAGCCUCCUGGAAAAGUAUGUGCUAUAUGGAUCAUGGGGAUGAAUCUCUUUUUUUCUUCUUGUUUAAGUUUCUGAAUUUGUAUAAUUAAAAACAUCUGACUUUUGUGUAAUAAAUAACUUUAGGUUAGAA